CUGGCGUGGAUAGGAAAAAGCAGCGGGGCCAUCAACGAUUACACACUUUAAAACAUUUCCUAAACACUAAGAACACUAAAUCCACACGGUGGAAACCGAUUUCAAGUUUUUUGAGGACGAUUACAAGGGAUUCUGUCUGAAGCAAGCGGAGUUUAAUCCGCCCUGUGCAAUGCUCACGAUAGAAUUCGAUAAUUUGGACGGCUUGUAAUGGGAAUUCUUGUCGUCCUCUUAGUUAUUAAUGGGAAUGAGAGAAUCGAGGUGUUGCCGUUGUUUAAUUCCUUGGCUUACCAAAAAAUUUUCUUUUGCCGAACACACAAAUUUGCAUAUGUUGCAUAAUGUUUAAUUCAUUCCACCAUGAAAUUGACGUGGAAAAACUGAAAUACGAUAUCAACGAAUCACAUAUUACAGUUGUCUGCAAUAGUACUAACGCGUACGACAAAUAAAAAAAAUACCCGUUACUACUUCUAAAUUAAAUUUGCUUCACACGAUCAGAUUGACUUCAGUGACACGCUCGAAAGUUUAUUAAAAAAACAAAAAUUCUUUACCCAACUUUUCAAGUAUUGAUUGUUUUGCUGCUAAAAAUCUACAAAUGCGUUAAUAUCACCUAUUCACUGUUUAAAAAUCUCGUCGAAACAAAUUAGUGAAACCAAACAUGAUGGAAGAUAAAAUCUUAGAAAAAAUAAAGCAUCUCUCUGUACCGAUCUUGCAGUCCAUUACCGAAGAAGAGAAAAAACAUUUCAAACAUUUCAAUGAACGUUACUAUGAAGACAAGUACUGUGUAGAAUACAAUGACGCUGUAUCUAAUAGAGAUGUGCUUAUACGUUUACAUACAAACAAACUGGUGUUAAUAUGUUUGGCUCGGGGGCACGAUAUAAUCCGUCAUAACAAGGUUAUUGAAAAGAUAAACUUUAACAUAGAAGGUUCUAAUUUGUUGGAUAUAAACCUAUCAGGCAGAAAAAAAGCAGGAGCAAGGAAGUUAAAGAAGAACCAUUGUGUAUGUUACAUAAAGUGCAAAGGGGAAGAUACUGAAUACCCAGUGUAUACAUGUGUGCAGGGCUCCUUAAUAGAAGUCAAUAAAAAUGUUAUAAAGAAUCCACAGUUGCUGGUUACAGACUCUAAAGGAUUAGGUUAUAUUGGUGUACUUUCACUUAAAAGUUACAGCAAGGGAUUAUUGCCAGAUCUUAAUUAUUUAUUGUCAGAAGAUGAAUAUGAAAAAUAUGUUAAAGAGAGAAAAUAAAUUCUUGUUUGCACAAACAUUAUAACUUUAACUACUAGGACCUUUUCUGAGAGGACACUUGGAAUGUUACUGAAA